CGGAAGUGAAGUCACUUCCGGGCUGGGGUGUUUGUUUGGACUGGAGAAGGGAGGCGGCGAGCGAAGCGCGCGUCGAGUGGGGGAGCGGCAUUGCCUGUGGAGAUCCGCGGAGGCCGACCGGAUUUACUGGCUGCCGUCCCGCUGCCGUGCACUGGGUUAAAAACGACAACUAGCGCCAACCAUGAAAGACCCUAGUCGCAGCAGUACUAGCCCAAGCAUCAUCAAUGAAGAUGUGAUUAUUAACGGUCAUUCGCAUGAAGAUGACAAUCCGUUUGCAGAGUACAUGUGGAUGGAAAAUGAAGAGGAAUUCAACAGACAAAUAGAAGAGGAGUUAUGGGAAGAAGAAUUUAUUGAACGCUGUUUCCAAGAAAUGCUGGAAGAAGAAGAAGAACAUGAAUGGUUUAUUCCAGCUCGAGAUCUCCCACAAACUAUGGACCAAAUCCAAGAUCAAUUCAAUGACCUUGUUAUCAGCGAUGGCUCUUCUCUGGAAGAUCUUGUGGUCAAGAGCAAUCUGAAUCCAAAUGCAAAGGAGUUUGUUCCUGGGGUGAAGUACUAAAAUAUUUGAGUAGACGGGGCCCUCUUUUGGUGGAUGUAGCACAAUUUCCACACUGUGAAGGCAGUAUUAGAAGACUUAAUUGUAAAAGCUCUCUCUUGUCACUGUGUUACACUUAUGCAUUGCCAAAGUUUUGUUAGUCUUGCAUGCUUAAUAAAAGUGCUGAGACUGUUAUUAAGUAAAAAGCUGUCAAACAUUUACUGAAAAUAGAAUUGGCCCCGUGGCUUGAUGUGAAGACAGUGAGGAAAGAGGCACCAGUCAAGUUGUGAUAAAGCAUCAAAUUAAAUGAACUGGAAAUCUUAGUGAAUUGUCUUUUUUGGAGGCUAAACUGGUCCCUUAGGGUUAUGUAACACUUGUUAAUGUCUGAACUUUUACCGAGUUAGAUUUAAAUUCUAGUUGUUGAGCAAAUUUCUCAGUUCAGACUUAAAUUUGCAUUUGUUCCCCAUCAAAAAGAAUCUUUUUCUGCAGAAGGCUUGUUAAAUAAUUUGAAAUUAUUUAAAUAAUUCAUAAGUAUGUCUCUGGUUACCGAGGAUACAGUAGUGAUCAGAUGAGAACCAGUCCAGGCUUUUAUGGUACAUUAUCAUCUAAGAAAUACUGAAUUCUCCUAAUUUUAAAUCUGAGGAAGUAUGUGAUUUGAGAAUUGCAUCAUCUUCUGAGGAGUCACUGCAUCUUAGCUAUGCCUUGGUGAAGUCUAACAUUUGACCAACCUGUAAUCCAACUGAACAAAGAAAUUGUAACAUGAUUUGAGUGGUGUUUUCCUUGCUUUGUUAACCAUCACUACAAUAGUCUGCAGCACAAUUUUUCUUUUAACAAAGCUAGAACAGUUUUGGCUUCUUAAACUUCAUAUUUGGGUAGGUUAAGCUGCCAUACGUGUUCAGUGUGAAUAGUGUUUAAGUUGAAAAUAUUGUAAAAAAAUUAUAUUUUUUCAAAAAUAUUUAAAAAAAUAAAUAAUAGUAGAACUGA